CCCCAGGGCUGCAAGGCUGUUCCGAGACGCGGCGGCGGCAGCGCGGGAGAACGUGGAGGACUCCCCGGCCACCCGCCUUCCGUGCACUCUGCGUCCGGACGCGGAGCAGGGCCUUCGAAAGCUCCAGCCGCCCCGGACACCUCCUGCCGCUGUGCAUCCCGGAGCACCCCGGAGCCCCCCGGAGCCCACCGGAGCUGGGGGGUCCGAGCUGAGAGGGCGGCGGUAAAACCGCGAAACCAGUCAUUGACUUGGGCCCUCUGUCCUGGUGGCGACCGCCAAAAUCAGAGAAAGCCCUAGGGGCGCGGCCACGGAGCUGUCCAGCUCGGAGCGCUGGGGCCGGCCGCGCGGCUGGGAAGGCAGCUGAGCGCGGAGGCGAGUGAGCGGCCUCGUCCGGAGUCUCUGCGGCCCGGGUUGACCCGAAGACACCGGCUCUUGGUCAGUUGCGCGCAGCAGGACCGGAGGGGCGCGCCAAUGGAGGCGCGGUGUGGCGCGGGUCUUCGCGAGGCGAAGUGAGGUCCGGCCGGGGUCGGCGGGACCCGCGGGCCAUGUACGGCGACGUGUUCAACGCCACGGGCGGCCCCGAGGCGGCGGUAGGCGGCGCGCUGGCCCCGGGAGCCACAGUCAAGGCAGAGGGCGCUUUGCCCCUGGAGCUGGCCACGGCGCGCGGAAUGCGGGACGGCGCGGCCACAAAGCCUGACCUGCCCACCUACUUGCUGCUGUUCUUCCUGCUGCUGCUCUCCGUGGCGCUCGUUGUGCUCUUCAUCGGAUGCCAGCUGCGCCACUCGGCCUUCGCCGCGCUGCCCCACGACCGCUCGCUGCGCGACGCCCGUGCGCCCUGGAAGACGCGGCCCGUGUAGCGGCGGAUCGAGUGAGCCCAGCUGCUGGGAGCCUUGGCCUGGCCUCGCCAAGAGUAUCCGGUCCGAGCCAGGCAGGGCAGGGGCCCCUGGGUACACAGAGCCCUGACGCCAAGCUCUUUCCCAACCUAGAGCGGCAACGCGGUAUACCAGGGCGCCAAGGCAUUAGAAGGCUGCAGGGUCCCGAUCCCAGUACCUGCCAAGACCAAGGCUCUAAUCUGACCGAGUCUGUCUGGCGCUGGUCGGUGGCCAGUCCCGCACCUUGCCAGAAGACAGCGCUGGGCGCAAGAUCCUUCCUUCCUGGCCGUCUGUGACUUCCUACUUUGUACGCGGGAGGGGAAGACACCGCGAGAGCUAGCAGGGAGCUGCCUGUCUGGACUCCCUAACUCCGUCUCCCCCGCAGCUGCUACCGACGACCCUCUUGUUUCUUGCCACCGAGGACUCCCUAACAUCUGAGCGUGAACUCAGGACUUUGGAAUGGUGUCCUUCGGGGUCCGCAUCUCCCUGAGGAAAUAAUGGGGUUUGAGGUUUCCAGGAGUACCGCCUGGGUGCAAGGACCCUGUUCCCUCUGCAGGCAUGGGCGGGGGUGCGGGUGGAGAAGAGCAGGGUUCCACCUGCACCUUGCCGUAGGGCAUCGGAGUCUCGCAUCUCCAGAGGCCGCGUUUCUACAAUAAAAUCUCACCGAAUGAGAUCCAGCGCCGAGAACGCUCUGGUCAUUGGUUGCGCCGCUCUGGAAAAGGGGUAAGGGCAAGUGGAUCCAGGGCAGGAUGAGAGCCACGCGCGGACUGCCUCCCACACGCCAGGCCCGGGUCAGUUUGAUGACACUUCCUCCUCUCCCGUUUUUCCCAGGGUCAGUUACUUGCUCUGUUAGUUUUUUCAGGGAAGCCUCCAGUGAAAAUUGUGCCCCGACUUGCUGAAUAAAUUCCCUUAGACUCCACCGGGACCCUCUGCAGGGCAGUUCCUUCCACCUGGCCUCCCUUUUGCUCUGGGAGUCAACCCGAGACUAAAACUACCUGGUCAAGGAAAAGCCUGAAGGUGAGCGGUGGGGGCGGCUGCUCCGCCCAUGCCAAUGUAGACAGGGGCUAUCCCUGGAAAACCCUUCAGGGAAGAAACGGAUAAAUAAGCCCAGCCAGAAAAAUGAUGUCAAAGAACAUAAAAGGGAAUAGAAAGGUUCAUGAUAACCUUGACCAUUUUCAAAGUUAACCUAAUUACAGGAAAUCUUUUUUUUAUGGAGGUUUAAAAUAGUUUCUGGAGUCACCUGGCUCAAUAGGGCACUAGCGUUCAUAGCAGGUGACUAAGUAAGAACUCUACAGAUUGUCUAAUCAAAUCAUUCUGUAUCAGGUGGUGUGUGGGGGGGGUGUCACUCCAGUUUUUAGGCUCUGAAGACAGUGAAGGACUCUUGCCCCUAAACAAAUGCAUUCAAUUCUGCAGCAUCUGUAAGGAAGGGACAAGAGACCGGUUUCUGAGGCCAAGCUGUGGCCGGGAGAAAGGCUGCUCAGGGCUCCCCACCAUUUCUCUGCUCAGAUUC